GUAAAUUCGGAGAGGUAACCAAAUUUUCGUGUUUUCAAAUCCCUUUUCAUCUUUAUUAAAUUCAUGCUUAAAUAAUAAAGCACACAUCAACAAGUUUGGUAACGUUCGCCUAAACGUUGUUACUGAAAUAUUUUUGCAUAAUGACUCGAGCAAAGACUGGUGAAAAAAAAGGUCCCCGUAUCGAUGAUGUCGUUACCCGUGAAUACACAGUAAACCUGCACAAAAGGUUGCACGGUGUAGGUUUUAAGAAACGUGCUCCAAGAGCCAUUAAAGAAAUCAGAAAGUUUGCAGAAAAGCAAAUGGGUACUCCUGAUGUCAGGAUUGACACUCGUCUGAACAAACAGCUCUGGUCCAAGGGAAUCAGGAACGUUCCAUUCCGUGUCCGUGUCCGUCUAAGCAGAAGGAGGAAUGACGAUGAAGACUCGGUACACAAACUUUACACCCUUGUCACAUACAUCCCAGUUGCCACCUUCAAGGGAUUACAGACAGAGAAUGUGGAUGCGAGUCAGGAUUAAUUUAUUACCAUGAGAGUAUAAUAAAUAAUUUUGGCUAAAUGUUUGUCUUUUUAUUUAAAUAUACUUAUACUUAACUAAA